GGCCUCCCGGAUCCGGGGGCGCUGGCUCCGGGGGGCCCCACAUCCUCUCGCAGCUGUUCCCAGCCCGGAGCUAAGGAUACGCCUCUGGGACCACACAGAAACCUGCCUGCGGCGUACUUUGGAGAGACUUGUGCUGCCCGGGGGCUGCGGGCAGCUGGGAGGAAAGAUGUUCACUGUGCUGACCCGCCAGCCUUGCGAGCACGCAGGCUUCAAGGCCCUCUCCCGCACGCCAGUCGUCAUCGCCUUGGUGGUCUUGAUUUUGAGCGUGGUGGUACUUGUGGCCAUCACACUCAUCCAGAUUCACCAGAAAGAGGUCCUCCUGCCCGGACUGAAGUAUGGAAUCGUGCUCGAUGCCGGGUCUUCCAGAACCACAGUCUACGUGUAUCAGUGGCCAGCGGAGAAGGAGAAUAAUACCGGCGUGGUCAGCCAAACCUGCAAAUGCAGUGUGAAAGGCUCGGGGAUCUCCAGCUAUGGGAAAAACCCCCAAGACGCCCCCAAAGCCUUCGAGGAUUGCAUCCAAAAAGUCAAGGAGCAGAUUCCCGCCCACCUGCAGGGCUCCACGCACAUUUACCUGGGCGCCACGGCUGGGAUGCGCUUGCUGAGGUUGCAAAAUGAAACAGCAGCUAAUGAAGUCCUUGCGAGCAUCCAAAACUACUUCAAGUCCCAGCCCUUUGACUUUAGGGGUGCUCAAAUCAUUUCUGGGCAAGAGGAAGGGAUAUAUGGAUGGAUUACAGCCAACUAUUUAAUGGGAAACUUCCUGGAGAAGACCCUAUGGCACGCGUGGGUGCAUCCAAAUGGCGUGGAGACCACAGGUGCCCUGGAUUUAGGCGGCGCCUCCACCCAGAUAUCCUUCGCGGUGGGAGAGAAGGUGGAGCUGAACACCAGUGACAUCAUCAAGGUGUCCCUGUACGGCUACGUGUACACACUCUACACACGCAGCUUCCAGUGCUACGGGCGGAACGAGGCCGAGAAGAGGUUCCUGGCCAUGCUCCUUCAGAAUUCCACCACCAGCACCAUCACCACCAACCCCUGCUACCCUCGGAAUUACACCACCACCUUCACCGCGGGCCACCUCUUUGACAGCCUGUGCACGGAGGAGCUGCGGCCUGGAGGUUACGACCCCGAUGACACCAUCACGUUCGAAGGGACUGGGGACCCAUUACUCUGUCGGGUGAAGGUGGCUUCCCUCUUUGCCUUCAGAGCCUGCCACGACCGAGAGAUCUGCUGCUUCGACGGCGUUUAUCAGCCGGAAGUUAAAGGAUCUUUUGUGGCCUUUGCGGGAUUCUUCUACACAGCCAACGCGUUAAACCUCUCGGGCAGCUUUUCCCUGGACGCCUUCAACUCCAGCACCUGGGAUUUCUGCUCACAGGACUGGAGCCAGCUCCCGCUGCUGCUGCCCCGGUUCGAUGAGGUGUACGCCCGCUCCUACUGCUUCUCGGCCCACUACAUCUACCACUUGCUCGUGAGUGGCUACAGAUUCACCGAGGACACCUGGCCCCAAAUACAUUUUAAAAAAGAGGUGGACAAUAGCAGCAUAGCCUGGUCUCUUGGCUACAUGCUCACGCUGACCAACCAGAUCCCAGCCGAAAUCCCCCUGAUCCGCCUGCCCAUGAAGCCGCCUACCUUUGUGUACCUGUAUGCGCUGUCCAGGAAUCAGAGGCGCUCCCAGCAUGCCUUGGACCAUGCAGUGGAUUCCGAGUGAGCCGCGUGAGCAGCUGCAGGAGCUCCAGGGCUGCCCAGGUCCAGCCUGGGUGACACCAGACAAUGCGAGUGAAAUGCCCAUCGGUGGGAAACACGACUGCAGUCACAUAUUUAGGUCGUGCGCCCCUCAGAUACGAUGUAUGCCAAAGCACCUCUUGGGGAGCCCCUCCACUGGUCCUUGCACACUGCUCCUCAGAGACCCCACCACCCAAUGCUGACCCCCUGGGGGACAGGAGAGACAGGCCCUCAAGGCCAGCUCUUUAUUCCAGGGCCCCAGAGGAAGAGGAAGCGGAGAUUAUGACAGUUCCAUGUUGAAGAAUUGACCUCAGGGCACAUUCUGCAUCCUCUCCUCCCUUAGAAAGGCCGUAUUCCUCCUGGCAGAUGCCCACUAAGCAUUUGACCCAAUCAGCUAUCUCAUCGUAUGGCUUCCGCCCACUGGUCCUUAACUGAGGCUGUCCUUUAGCAAUCCCAUACACAUUGAGCUCCCUCAGGUUGGUAGAAUAUAGGAUCUGGGGGAGAAGACGGCUUUACGCCCAAGGACAGUGGCCACAGCCAGCUUCUGUCCUGCAGGCAGAACCUGAAGGAUGGACGCACGGCAAGUCUCCCAGAAAACAGCUGGCCAUUCCUCAAGUGGGAUUCCCUCCCGCUCAGGGCUCUGGUCAUUAGAUCGCAGCCGGUGUCUGUGUCAUUAUCCUCCCCUCCCCUCACGUUGCUCCUGUCAUCCUAUGAAACAUUUCCUCCUAGCGAGGGCAUUAUGUUCCAGAUCUUUUUGCCUUGGCGAGGCUUUUGUUUCGGGCCAUCUUUCCAGAAACCGUUAGCAUGGCGUGCACCUUCUGCCCACCAUCCCACAGGUAUGCUUGAUGCUGCCACAAGACGUCCUGUUCUAUGAUUGGCUUACCAGUUCCUUUCCCGGGUGGUAGACCUCCCUGCGUAGCGGCCAUAGUUCCUGACUUUGGAGAAAGAAGAGGAAGGUGCAGGGACGUUUAACUCCUAAGUGGGAUGGGGAGAACUCCGGCAUGUCCGAUGGCUGCAGGCUAAAAGUCAACAUGAUUGCAGAUGGUCGUUUGGUAGCUCAACAUGGAAUAAAGGACUCGGAUUUUGUUUUGACUUGCA